GAAUUUUUUCUCUGGUUGGAAGUGCAUCUAUUCUGUUCGUUGUUCCGCUGUUUAAACGAGCAAAACUCGGUGAUUCUAUUCUUGGAAUUGUAGGAGCCACUUCUAUGUUAUUACAAGACGUUGGACUUGGACUCGCAUCAAAUGAAUACAUAUACUAUGCAGCAAAUUCUGUUGGAAUUAUGGAUUCUCUUUUAGCUUUGGCGAGUCGUGCAAGAGUUUCUAAAGUCGUUUCUAGGAAUGAAACUGGAAAAAUAUUUUCAUUCAUGUCUACUGCCCAGACCAUUGUUCCAAUAGUUGCUGCUAUUGCCGUAUCGCAGGUUCUGAACGCUACACUGAAUUUCUUUCCUGGAUUAAUAUUUCUGGUUUUUGCUGCAUUAUCAACAAUACCGAUUGGAGUGUUUAUCUGGAUUUUACGUCUACCUAAAAUGGAAGACGAUGAGACAGAUGGAGUACCUAAUACAGUUGCAGAAGAGAAGACUGCUGAAGCCACAAAAGAUAUUGAAUCGGAGCGUGUUUAAAAACUUUAAAAUAAAUACUGAUACAAAAUACUGAAAUGUUAAC